UCGUUGCUAGGGUUUGCUAAACAACCGAUCAUAUUUCAAAACUUAACAACUUUUUCUAUUGUCGUUUCUUGAUCGUCGAGAAAUGAUUUUAUAAAAAUGACAUCCACUGCGCAGUGGUGCAACAGUUUAUUUAACGUGCUCGCCUGUUCAUCGCAUAGUUCUAAUUCAACCUUUGCAUAUAGCUCAACAAAGCACGGUUACUACGCGUAGUGUGUGUUGUUCUAACAUUGGCUUCAGCCAACAUCGAGUCACGCAUGCGUAAACAUUCGACUUAAUUUAUUAACAUCAAGGAGUAAUUUUAUUGCAUAAAAUUGAAAAUGCAUUUACUACGAAUUUUGCCUACCAUUGCCUUUGGAAUUAUUUAUUGUUUGUGUUCUGUUCAAAGUUCAGUGGGCUUUGAAUAUUUCAAAGAGAAACCAUCCUAUUUAGAAACAUGCAAAAUUUAUGAACCCGAGUUUACAAAAUGCUCCACCAGAUCCGUCCAAGCAUUUCUAACGGAGAUUUUCAAUGAAAGAGUUCCGGAAGUUAACGCUGUAUUGGGUAAAUUGGAACCCUUGAAGUUAGAUCGCCUUAAUUUUAAGCAGGAUAACAACGAGGCAGCCACUAUAAGAGCAACUUUAACAGAUUUGAUGGUUUCAGGGCUGUCCAAAAUUCAAGUAACAGAGAGCAGGGUGAGCAAAAAAGAUUUUGGAUGGUUGACAAAGCUAUUUUUACCAAACUUCAAACUGGAAGGCCAGUACAAAAUGGAUGGACGCAUUCUACUUUUGCCUUUAAAUGGAGAAGGCCAUAUGAUUAUCGAUAUAGAUUCUAUGAACAUUACUAUGCGCACCAAAACCCGCCUUAUCGAAAAAGGUGGCUUCACCUUUUACAACGUGACCGAAAUUAAAGUUGAUGUGGAUGCCAAAAAAAUGUUCACCCGCUUCGACAAUCUCUUCGGUGGCAGCAACAAGGAAAUCGAAGAUAGUACGAAUGAAUCCUUCAAUAAAAACUGGCGUGACUUUUUUGAGGCGUUGCGCCCUCUUAUCACAGACACCGUGAACAAGGUUAUGUUCAAACUGAUAUCCAAAGUUUUCCUAUUAUAUCCUGCUAAUUUCUUUGUGUCAGAUAUUCCUGCGCCUGAAAAAUUUUACGGCGCUAAAUAAUAAACCUGAUGCGUUUUUCUACGAAACUGUGCUGUAAUAUACUUAUUAAGAUUAAAUUAAUAAAAAUUUAUUUUAAAACAUA